CUUCCACAAGCCUGCAAGACUUUUCUCAACGGAUGAAGACAUGCGCCAGUUGCUACCUCAUCCUCUUUCUCUCGGUUGACAUCAGCCAACUGGUCUAAUUAUUGCAAGCAGCAAAUUAAAUGUGCCAUUUAUGUUGGAGCAUUUUCAGUUGUUUUCGCAUAAAAUAUCCAUCCCCUCUUCUCCAUAACCUCCACCGAUGGAAACCUACAAAUUUGUCUUCGUAGCUCUGACGCUCCUAUUUUUCACCUCAACAUCGGCGGCGAAGCAUGACAACAUGACCGACCUCUCGGCGCUCCUGGCUAUCAAAGCCAGGGUCAUUGAGCAUGAUCCAGGCAGCUCUCUGUCCGCCAACUGGACCACCGACGCAUCCUUUUGCACCUGGAUGGGCGUCUCGUGCAGCCGUCGAAGGCAAAGAGUAACUUCUCUUAACAUCAGUGACACACAGCUCUAUGGCACCAUCCCUCCUCACAUCGCCAACCUUUCAUUCCUGUCGGAGCUCGUUCUUUCCAACGAUGGCCUGGUCGGACCCCUUCCUGAAUCUCUGGCUCGGCUGCCUCGACUACAAUACCUCCAGCUUGAUAGCAACCAGCUUUCAGGUUCAAUACCCCUCGCCUUUUUCAACAUGUCAUCGCUUUCCGAGUUGAUUCUCGCUAGCAACAGCAUUACGGGGACCCUGCCCCCUAACGAUACUAGUUUUCGUCCGUUGUUCCCCGAGUAUUUGUAUGUAUUUGAAAACCAGCUCACUGGCAGUAUCCCGUCCAGCCUUUUCCUUGCUCCUACCCUUCGGGAGCUUAGCUUGGCUGGGAACCAGUUAAGUGGACACAUACCGCCCGAGAUUGGAAAUAUGAAGCAUCUUACUCUCCUGUACCUUGGUGAUAACAAUCUAACGGGCACAAUACCAUCCUCUUUGGGUAACCUUACUAAUCUAGUUGACCUGAGCCUUUCCAGCAACAGCUUCCAUGGAAAUAUUCCUGAGGAGUUGGGUCGUCUUACAAACCUUAAAAGAUUGCAGAUUGGUCACUGUGGUGGUAUUACUGGUUCUAUACCGGUUUCCCUUUCUACUAUGUCAUCGCUCCGAAUCAUGGACCUUGAGAGCAAUAGCCUUGAUGGACCGGUGCGUUUGCAAUUUGGGACUAUGCCUCUUCUUAUAUCCUUGUUGUUACCCGGAAACAGACUAACCGGAGGGUUGGACUUCCUCGCAUCACUGUCAAACUGCAGAGCUUUAGAUUUUGUGGAAGUUAGAGCAAAUGAGCUGGAUGGCAUUCUACCAAAUACCGUAGGUAAUCUCUCGAGGAACCUAGCAUUCUUUAGUAUUGAGCAAAAUCAUAUUAAGGGGAAAAUUCCU